UUGUGCUCGGCAGCGGCGGCGGCGGCUGAAUAAAGUCGACGGGAGGAAGUGGCGAUUAAUGCAGCUCCACACCUUUCCGGUGUAGCAGCUCUGCGACCAGCUCGACUUAAAGGAGAAAAGACGAGAGCUGGUGCAUUUGUCGAGGCAGGAGGGGGAGAUAGGAGGGGGACAAGAAGUGGACUUCGUGUUUGGAUACAGGUGUUGCUGAGUCACUGAGGAUUUUCGUCGGUCUUGAAGUAGUCUCCUCUAGUGCGGCAGGAGUUAACCGGCGGGACGUUUAACGGAAUAACCGCUGACAGCUGCUUUUCUGCUCGGGUGGUGGUGAGGAGAACAAGGGCGCACCCGGUGAGGAGGACCGCCAGUCACAAAAAAAACGCAGACGGACUUUACAAGCAGCGAGGCUUUUUUCCGGGCCCUGUGUGUGUAACGGCGUGUCUGUAGCUAUCUGCAGUUUUUGAAAUCGGCACGGCCGGUGUUUUGUCAACGCAGCUUCAUCUGGAUCUGACCGAACACAAUGAAAGGCAGUCAACAGCUGCUGCCAUGCUCCUAGUUUAACACUGCCAUGUUGUGUGUUGGCUCUGAAAACAUUGUAGUACUCUGAACAUAAAGGUCACUGCACCCCCACACAGGUUCUCUACUCGUUAAAGUCGACCAGUGUUCAGUUUUAAUCAUGAGUGUGCAGUUUUGACUUUUCCCCCCACACACAUAUGCCCUGCUCUCAAGUUAUGUUCUCACAAGUAAGGCUAUUUGCCAAUCUGAAGCAAGAGUUACAGUGAACAAUCGACACGAUAUCUGACACUUUUUUUUUCUCUUGAGGAGCAAACAUAUUUAUGCACAAGGGUUCAAAAUGGGGAAAGUGCUCUCAAAAAUAUUUGGGAACAAGGAGAUGAGAAUAUUAAUGCUGGGACUUGAUGCUGCGGGGAAAACAACUAUCCUUUACAAACUGAAACUGGGACAGUCUGUCACCACAAUCCCCACAGUCGGCUUCAACGUGGAGACUGUCACCUAUAAAAACGUCAAGUUCAACGUGUGGGAUGUGGGGGGCCAGGAUAAGAUUCGUCCUCUGUGGCGACACUAUUACACGGGCACCCAAGGGUUAAUUUUCGUGGUCGACUGCGCGGACAGGGAUCGUAUCGACGAGGCGAGACAGGAGCUUCACCGCAUCAUUAAUGACCGGGAAAUGAGGGAUGCCAUCAUCUUGAUAUUCGCCAAUAAGCAAGACCUCCCUGAUGCCAUGAAGCCGCAUGAGAUCCAGGAGAAGCUGGGAUUGACCCGCAUCAGAGAUAGGAAUUGGUAUGUUCAGCCCUCCUGUGCGACUACAGGUGAUGGACUGUAUGAGGGCCUCACAUGGCUAACCUCAAACUACAAAUCUUAAUGAUUGAGUGCUGACUGUUUUAGGUCAAAACUAUAAUAAAGUUGCAAGUAACAAAUAACUUCUCAAAAUGAGUAUGGUUAAGAAAAAAAAGUUGAUCAUUUCCCAUUUAUUUUUAAUACCUUUACCCUGUGACUAAUUUAUCUUUAACUGGGUUUUCUGGCUUCAAUUUUGCUUGUACUCUUGUAGCAAGCUUAAAUCACAUUCAUUAUGUUUGGGGCUUGCUUGAUGAAUAUCUAAAGAAAUUGGUUCAAAUGCUAAAGCCACAGAGUUCACCGCCUUUGCCUAAUUCCUUUUUCCUGUUUUGUAUAUUUUUUCUAACAAAGCUGAAGUUUUUAUCUUUCUUGAACUACAGCUUAUUUCAAGGUUCUUCAGUCUCUGUCGUAGUUGAACUUGGAUCUUAUGUUUCUUCCAAGGUGCGAUCUUUCAUGUCAUGUAGCCUCCUUGGAAAGACUUGGAUACAGUAAUGUGAUGAAAAGUCUUUCUUCUCAAUGGUAUUGACAGCAGCAAGGGAAAAAAAAACCCACACCAUUGCUUAGAUUUCAUUAUCACCAGUCUUAUUACCAAUGCAAAUGACUUCAGACAUCUUUUGUUACCACUCCCAAUCCCCUCAUGUGGGCUAUAUAGUUAACUGAUUGACCUUUUGUGUCAUGUCUUGAAUCCUAAUUGUGCUGAAUAUUCAACAAAUAGGCCUCCAGUAACUCAUAAACAUGCUUGUUGCGAUGCAUUUUUAAUUUUGGGUCACAUGUCAAGUCGACCCAGUCUUUCCAAAGGAAUGUCAUACAGCUCUGAGUUCUCUCAAUCUGAUACCACAGUUGAUUAGUCUCAGUAUUGGGGACAUUAUAUGAUAGCCUAUAUCUGUAGCAUGAGUACGAAAGUACAGUCACCCCACAUCAGAGUCCAUCUGUUAUGCAGUCAGAGGGAGCUGUUUGCUGGUGAAAUGUUGAAAGACACCUUGUGUUUGCAGCUCUUACUCCUAUUUUGACUGGGGGAACCAUGUACAGAACAAUGUCAUUGUAAUGUCUUAUUAAAAAAGUGAUUUUAAA